CUGCUAACGUCGACUGCCAGGUACACCACGUCUUUCGCCUUCUUCGAGGCCCUGGUUGAGGCCGGGGUCAAGAAUUGCUUCGUUAACUUGGGUUCGGACCACCCUAGUAUCUUGGAGGCCAUGGUCAAGGGCCAGAAGGAAAUGCCGGAUACCUUCCCCAAGAUCAUCACAUGUCCGAACGAGAUGGUGGCUCUGUCCAUGGCUGAUGGAUAUGCAAGACUGAGCGGAGAGGCCCAAUGUGUCAUUGUGCAUGUGGAUGUCGGCACGUCAGCUCUAGCGGCUGCUAUUCAUAAUGCAGCGAUGGGGCGCGCCCCUGUUCUUAUUUUUGCUGGUCUUUCACCCUACACCAUUGAGGGAGAGGUUAUCGGGUCAAGAACGGAGUUCAUACACUGGAUCCAGGAUGUGCCUGAUCAGAAGCAAAUCGUUUCUCAGUACUGCCGGUACACUGGAGAGAUCAAAACUGGCAAGAAUGUCAAACAGAUGGUUCGACGUGCUAUCCAACUAGCUACCAGUCACCCACAGGGCCCUUCCUAUUUGAUGGGCGCCCGCGAGGUGAUGGAGGAGACCAUCGAGCCGUAUUCCAUCAACCCGGCUUAUUGGAAACCCGUUGCUCCAUCUGCUCUUCCACAGGACGCUGUCCGAGAGAUCGCCGGCGCCCUGGUCAACGCCUCAGAUCCACUUGUUAUCGUAGGCUUCACCGGUCGCAAUCAUGCGGCGGUCGAGCCCCUUGUGUCACUAGCCAAUACUGUCAAGGGUCUUCGCGUCCUUGAUACAGGUUGCUCGGAUAUGUGUUUCCCAGCGGAUCAUCCAGGCUGGUUAGGUAUGAAGUAUGGAGUUGAUUCUGCCAUUGAGAAUGCAGACGUCUUUCUCAUCCUUGACUGCGAUGUUCCAUGGAUCAACAAGCUCUGCAAGCCUAAAAGCUCAGCAAGAAUCUUCCACCUCGAUGUAGAUCCUCUCAAAGAGUCGAUGUUGGUUUUCUACAUCGAUGCUGAACAGAGGUACCGUGUGGAUGCCGAGGUGGCCCUGAAGCAAAUCACCGAGUAUCUGCAAAGCAACCUCGCAGAGAAGCUGUCGAGCGUCGAGUUUGACCGCCGUGCCCAUGCCCUAUCAAACUCUUACAGAGAGCGCAUUCAUACCCUCGAUGAGCGAUCUAGGCCCCUAGACUCAGGUAAACUUACGACCGACUAUGUUUGCGCCACGCUGCGCCAAAGACUGCCCCAAGACACAAUCUGGGCUGUGGAGGCGAUUACAAAUGCCAUCUUCGUCGCGGAUCAGAUCCGAGCGACCAUUCCAGGACAGUGGAUUCACUGUGGAGGCGGAGGUCUCGGUUGGAGCGGUGGUGGUGCGUUGGGGAUCAAACUUGCCGCAGACGCCGCUGAUGCCCUGGUUCCUGGCAAGCGUAAGCGAUACGUAGUGCAGAUUGUUGGUGAUGGAUCAUAUAUGUUUAGCGUCCCAUCAAGCGUCUACUGGAUCUCCGCACGCUACGGAAUCCCAAUCCUGACCAUCGUUCUCAACAACCUUGGCUGGAACGCGCCACGGAGGUCAAUGCUUCUUGUACACCCCGAUGGGCCUGCUUCACGAGCGACAAAGGAGGAGCUCAAUAUCUCGUUUGCGCCGAGUCCAGACUAUGCUGGCAUUGCCAAGGCCUCCAGUAAUGGGCUAAUAUUCGGUGCUCGAGCAGCCAAUUCAGCCGAGUUCUUGGAGGCCCUUGAGGGGGCUGUCGAGAGUCUCGACCGGGGCGUUUCAGCGGUAUUAGAUGUUGCUAUAUAG